AUGUCGAAUACAACACCAACUGGACGCACAACAAAUCUUCUGUCGCAUUCAUCUGAUAAUCGCGAACCGUACCGUACAAUAACAUUGACUCUACUUCGUAUCUAUCCGAUUCUAUUCAUAUGUGUGGGAACAGCAGGUAAUCUACUAUCUGUUUAUGUUGUCCUACGUUCGAAAUUGCGACGUCAUUCAACGUUCAUCUAUUUGGCAUUUUUGUCUAUUAUCGAUCUUGCUGUUUUAUAUACAUUUUGUGUUAAUUUUAUACUUCACGCUUGGUUCAAUAUUGAUCUUCAACAAGUUUCCUUGACCGCAUGUAAGAUUUACUCCUUUUCAAUUUACUUCUUUCCUCAAACAAGUGCUUGGAUACUCACGGCUGUUUCCAUUGACCGUGUCGUCGCAUUGACGCGUGGAGUUCGCAAAACUCGCAAAACCCGUCAAACCUACGCAAUUCUCAUUUCGAUCUUCCUCAUUCUUUUCCUACUGAACAUUCAAUUUCUAUUCUACAACAAUACCUACGUACUAUCUCUACAGAACGAACAACAAACCAAUGUGUCAACAAAUACGACUUCAGAUUUGACAUUAACGUCAUCUUCGGUCUACCGUAUCGUCGAUACAGACGUGGACAUCAACGUUAUUCAAUGCUCAUCAGAAUACAGUAAUGAGUAUAAAUAUUUCUAUAGUAAUUAUUGGGUUUAUAUCGAUGCGACCGUUAAUGUCUAUCUACCCUUUGCGCUAAUGUUUCUCUGUUCGACAAUUAUUUUUCUUAGUGUCCUACGAACAAUGCGCGAUGCACAUAAUUCAAAUAAGCGUCUCGUUGCAAGAAAUCUGAGUACAAUGUUACUAUCAAUCAACGCAAUGUUUGUUCUAUUGACAGCACCGAUCGUUUUCUACUUGAUGUUCGAAAAGCGCACGUUCAAGUCAGGAGCCAAUCAAAGUGAUACGAAAUUGAAAGCGCGAUACAAAAUGAUCAAGUUACUCUUUAUUAUUUUAAUGAAUGCCAAUCAUACAGGAAACAUUCUUGUUUAUUGUUUAACCGGUACGGAAUUUCGUACGCAUCUAUUUCACGUUCUACACGCAUUCGGUUGUGGACAAAAUAAAAGUUUAAUCCGAGGAAACUACCUUGCGAAUCGGAAAGGAACGUUCAAUGAAGGCCGCCGUUUAUCUGCGGCGAUUUUAAAUAAAGACAGUGUACAUAAUCAAUCUCAAACCUCACGAUCGUCAAGUAAAAAGCAAAAUCAAAGAACUACACCGCCAUUAACAUAUCAAACGACUCGAAUGAAAAAAAUGAGCGGAACGAUUGAUGAUGAUCAAGCUAUUCCUAUUUGUCUCAAAGCACGAGAUGAUGCUCAAUAUAUUUUAUUAACAAAUAAAUUAGGUAACAAACAAGCGACAUCAACAAUUGCAAGCAUUUAA